AUGGAAGGCUCUGGCGCUGCGCCCAUGCGCGGGGUGCGCAAGGCGACGCCCAAGGGCCAGAUGUCGGGCAGUGGCAUGGGCCCGGCCAUCACGCACCUGCCAUACCACCUCAAGAUGCUCUUUGAGCCCAACCCGCCGCUCGAGUACAUUGCGCCGACGGUCAAGCGCAAGAUGCCGCCGUACACGGGCCUGAACGAGCUCGCCAACCACUUUGAAACGACCGAGCCGCCCGUUCGCCACGUCCAGGAGACGCCGCUCGAGCGCCAAGCUCGUCUGCGCAAGGAAAAGGCGGACGCGCACGCCGUCGAGCUCGAAGCACGCAAGGCCCAAUGGAACCCAGAGACGGACAAAGUCGAGCUCAAGACGGACGACGCGUACAAGACGCUGUUUGUCGGCCGCAUUAGCUACGAGACGACGGAGAAGCAGCUGCGCCGCGAGUUUGAGCGGUAUGGCGAGAUCCACAAGAUCCGCUUGGUCGAAGACGAGGAAGGCAAGAGCCGCGGGUACGCGUUCAUCGAGUUCCAGGACGAGGCCGCCAUGAAGGCCGCGUACAAGAACGCGGACGGCAAGAAGAUUGACGGCCGGCGCAUCGUCGUCGACGUCGAGCGCGGGCGCACGGUUCGCGACUGGAAGCCGCGCAAGCUCGGCGGCGGCAUUGGUGGCACGCGUCUCGGUGGCGCCGCCGUCAACCUCAAGUAUUCUGGCCGCGAGGUCAUUCGCAGCAGUGGCCCGACGUCUUCCUACCACAGCAACGCGCCGCCUCCGAUGCGUCGGGACGACCGGCCGCGGAGUCGGUCGCGCGGCCGCGACCCGCAGCUCAGUCGAUAUGGCGGCCCGCCGCCGCCCAUGGAUCGUCGCCCGAUGGACCGACGGAGCCGCAGUCGCAGUCGCAGCCGAGAUCGCCGUCGCCGCCCGCCGUCGCGCUCGCGGUCUCGGUCCCGACCGCGCGGGUACCGACGAUAGACGAUGAUCCGUCCGCCUGUGUAUCCUUCGUUACAACCCGACCAAGAACAGACAACACUACACUAUCUUUCAAUCUAUAUCAUCGACGCAUGCUCUGUCCAUCUACAAAGAACUUCGUUUAACC